AUGGCAAUAACAACACAACUGCAGCUUCUCGUGGCAGCCGUAGUGGCAAUUGUUGUGAUAACAUACAAGCGCAGCGUUCAACCAUCCAGCGAUGUAAACAUAACAUUUGUACCAUUCGGAGGUUCCAAUGAUUGGCAAUAUGAGAUUGUUCCAAUUGAAAACGGUGCUGUUGGACCGGAGAGUUUCGCCUUUGAUCCUCACGGUGAAGGCCCGUAUACAGGCGUUUCUAACGGUAGAAUUAUCAAAUGGAACCGCCAUGAAAAUCGUUGGCUCAAUUUUGCGGUCACUUCUUCUCACAGAGUUGAUGAAUGUGGAGGACCGUAUAAGGAGCAUUCCAAGAUAGAGAACAUAUGCGGGCGCCCACUCGGGCUUUGCUUUAAUAUCGCAUCGGGCCAACUUUAUGUCGCCGAUGCAUACAUAGGCCUAGUUGUUAUUGAGCCAAAUGGUGGCACUGCUAGAAAACUCAUAUCACAUGCAGCAGAUUAUCAACACUUGGCUUUUCCAAACGGUUUGGAUAUUGAUCAACAUUCUGGAGCAGUGUACUUUACCACCAGCAGUUCCAAAUAUGAGAGAAGGAACUACGUGUCUCUGAUCCUAAGUGGAGACAAAUCAGGGAGACUAAUAAAAUAUGAACCAAAAACUGAACAAUUAACUGUUCUUCUAAACAAUCUCACAUUUCCAAAUGGAGUAGCACUAAGCAAAGAUGGUAACUAUAUUCUAAUAGCAGAAACUACAAACUGUAGAAUACUAAGAUACUGGUUAAAAUCACCAAAAGCUGGAACAUUGGAAGUCUUUGCCAACCUACCAGGUUUUGGAGACAACAUAAAAAGAAGUCCAAGGGGUGGAUUUUGGGUUGGAAUAAACUCAAAAAAAGAUACAUUUAUGAAAUGGAUACAAUCAUAUCCAUGGAUAGGAAAAGGGUUGGUUAUGCUUCCUUUGGACAUAACAAAAAUUUACUCAUAUUUAGUUAAGGUGAGUGGGAGUAGUGGAAUGGCAAUAAGGCUAAGUGAUGAAGGUGAUGUGUUGGAGAUUGUUGAAGAUGAUAGAAGUGGAAAUAGAAUGUCUAUUAGUGAUGCUGAGGAAAGAGAUGGACUGUUAUGGGUGGGAUCGGUUGAUACACCAUUUGCUAUUAAGUAUAAUAUUUCUGUGGCACAACAAGAAUAG